AUGCGGUGCCCAAUCCCGCAAUUUGUCCUGUACUCGUCUAGCUGCUGCAACACCCAUCUGCACUGGGACCACUCGUCUAAGCCCGGUCCGGAAUGCGGGCUGGUGUCCCUAUGCGGCCUGUGCGUCCAGCCUGCCUUUGCUGCUGUGCUGGCUGGUGCUGUGCCUGGUCCCUCUGUGCCUCCUCCCUUGUCGUCUCUGCCCCUCUGUCCUCUCCCCCACCCACCUGCCUCCUCCCAUCUCCUCUCCCCAAACCCAAACCUCCCCGCACCCUCGCCCUAUCCCCCCCCUCCAUACCCUGCCCUUGCUGGCCAUCCCGCUGCUGCCCCUGCUGUCCCCUCUCCUCUACCCCACUCGCCGGCCUCCCCUGCCCCUGCUGGACCUCCUGUUGCUGGCUGGCCUGCUCCCACCGACCCUCCUGCUGUUGCCCCUGCUGACCCUCCUGCUGAUGCCCCUGCUGACCCUCUUGCUGCUGCUCUUGCUGUCCUCUCUCCUCUCCCCUACUGGCCUGCCCCUCUUGCCAUGGCUGACCCCCCUGCUGACGUCGCUUCUGUUGCUGUCUCCUCUCCUCCUCCCAGCCAGCCUGCCCCUGCUCAUCCUCACGCUGCUGCCCUAGCUGAUCCUCCUGUUGCUGCCCAUGCUGACCCUCCUGCUGCCGCCCCUGUUGACCCUGCUGACCUUCCUGGUGCUGCCGCUGUUGCCCUCUCUCCUCUUCCCUACAAACCUGCUGCUGCUGCCCCUGUUGGCCCUGCUGCUGCUGCUGCUGCUGUUGCUGCUGCUGCCGCUGUUGUUGUUGUUGUUGCUGCUGUUGUUGCUGCUGCUGCUGCUGUCCCCUCUCCUCUCCCCCACUGGUUAGCCCCUCAGGCCCCUGCUGGCCCCGCUGCUACUGUCCAUGCUGUCCUCUCUCCUCUUCCCUACGGGUCUGCUCCUCCUGCCCCAGCUGGCCUAGCUGCUGCUGCUGCGGCUGCCGCUGCUGCCGCCGCUGCUGCUGUCCCCCCUCCUCUCCCCCACUAG